GCGGCAGCGCAGGCCCAUUAAGGCGCCUGAGCAGGCUACAAGCCGCGAUCUGCCCUCCCGUCAUGGCGGCCCCGGGACAGGCUGCGGUGAGGAGUGGGGCUCUGGAGACGUGCGGUCUGGACCAGAUUUUGGAAGCUUUGAAGCUGCUUCUGAGCCCGGGAGGAUCAAGCUCAAGUUCACUACAGAACGCAAAACAUGAUGUCUUAGUGGACACUUUAAAAUCUAACCUGUGUGCCUUGGAGGACAAGUUUCUGAAGGACCCUUCGUGGAAGAAGCUGAAACUCCUAAGAGAUGAGCUGGCUGCCAGGGAAGAGUGGCCGCAGAGCUCUGUGGAUGUCACUUGGCGUUUUACCUCCCAAGCCUUAUUGUUGCUGUUGUGUUUGAAAGAAACCAUGAUCUGCCUCGUAGCCGAUUUUAUCCCAUGUCAACCCAAUCCCAGGACUCCAGAGGUCGCCCCUGCCCUGAGCCCCGAUACGCUUAGUAUCUCCCAGCAGAAGACCUUCCAGUCCGUUUUACAGUUUGUAGUCACCUUGGGUAUCUGUCCCUAUCUCAUGCCUGGUGUGGGAGUCCCUUUGAGAUGCAGGACUGAGUUCGGGGCCGUUGUUCAAGACGUGGUGUGUCUGGAUUCUGCUCCCCAUGCUACCCGGAGACUGUACGCCAGCUGCAGGCUCCUCUUGAACAUUGCUCAGCAUGCGUCUCUGGGGGCCUUGAUUUUCUGCCGCCACUUUGGGGAUAUCGCAGCAGGUCUGUGCCAGCUGGGAUUCUGCCCAACCAAAGCCAAACCACCAGCACCUGUGGAGGAGGUUUUAACUGAAGAGGAAAGAAUUCUAUCGAGGGGUGCCUUGAGAGACCUCUUGGAUCAAGUGUAUCAACCAUUAGUAGUCCGGGAAUUACUUGUCCUCCAGGGAGGACCUCCCCAGUCUUGCACAGAUGGGAAGACACAGCUAAGGUGCCGGGCCCCAGCUUGGCUUCGGCGUCUAUGUGGGCAGCUGCUCUCAGAAAGGGUAAUGAGACCUACUGGGGUUCAGGCAGUCGUCCGGGGCAUCUUGGAAGGAGCAGGUGCGGGUGCAGCUGGUGGGAGUGAUGCAGAGGCAUCAGCUGCUGACUGGAAGAAGUGUGAUUUGAUUGCAAAGAUUCUGGCUUCUUGUCCCCAGCAAUCUCUUUCACCCGAGAGUUACUACAAGGACAUCUGCCCACAGGUUCUAGAUUUAUUUCAUUUUCAAGAUAAGCUGACUGUGCGACAAUUUCAGAGAGUUGCCACCACCACCUUCCUAACUAUGUCGCGAGAACGCCCACACCUAGCAGCGCAGUAUCUACUUCAGCCAUUGUUAGCCCCUCUUCAGCGGUGCUCCAGUGCGGCAGAGAUUCCAGAGAAAGACAUGGUACCAGGAACCAUUUUGGUGACUGAAGAAGAACUUAGUAGAUGUAUUGAAGAUAUAUUUAAGGUGUAUGUGGUGGGGAAUGAACCUCUCCCAGUGUUGUUGGAUGCCCUGCUUCCGGUCCUGGGGAUGCUCUUCUCUCUCUACUGUUUUACCUGGCAGAGUGUGUCUCACAUAAGGUCAUUUUGCCAAGAGAUCUUAUUAUGGAUUCUGAGGAAGCUGGAAAGGAAAAAGGCAGUUUCCAGCCUGAAAGGAUUUGCAGGAUUGGACAAAGCUGUGCCCUCUCUCCAUCCUCAGUGUCAGUUCAAAGCUGCCACCCAAGGUGGCAUUAUGAUUACCAUCAAAGAGGCCAUUAGUGAUGAAGAUGAAGAUGAAGCCCUGUACCAGAAAGUGUCCUCAGAGCAGAGCCAGGUGGAGCAUCUUGGGGACUUGCUGUCCCACUGUCAGGAGUGUGGUGUGGCCGGGGAUUUUUUCAUCUUCUGUUUGAAGGAGUUGACUCUUCUGGCUGUGGACAGUGAAGCAGAGUUGAAGCCUGAGCCCGUCUGUAGCCCCAGCCUCUUGGAGUUCGAGCGAUACCACACUCUUGCAGAAGGCCAGGAGCGGAAGGUGCUGGUCCUGCACUUGCUGGCUGUUCUGUGUGAGAGAAUGUCCGAGCAGAUAUUUACAAACAUCACUCAGGUAGUGGACUUCGUAGCAGCAACACUGCAGAGAGCAUGUGCAAGCCUGGCGCAGGAGGCUGAGACUGCGGUGGAAUCACAGACACUGAGCAUGUCCAUGGGGCUGGUGGCUGUCAUGCUAGGAGGAGCUGUUCAGUUGAAGUCAGGAGAUUUUGCAGUCUUGAAGCAGUUGCUGCCUCUGUUGGAGAAGGUCUCCAACACAUACCCCGACCCUGUCAUCCAAGAACUCGCUGCUGAUCUCCGCAUCACCAUUUCCACUCAUGGAGCCUUUGCCACUGAGGCUGUCAGUAUGGCUGCCCAGACUACUCUGAACAAAAAAGAUCCCGAAGGGGAACUAGAAGAGCAGCAACAAACCAGUCACGACAGAUCCAGAGCGGUCCCUCAGAACCACCUCAAACAGGAUCAAAGCUACGAGAUACCCCCCCAGACGGGCCAAGAGUCUAAUGGUCCCUUCGUUCCCAAGGGGAUCCAUGAACCCAGCACUAUGACAGAUCAGAAAUCUGGAGGCAUAACCACAGGACAGUUCCAGGAGGUUCUUUUAUCAGCUUAUGAUCCUCAGAUUCCGACACGGGCUGCUGCCCUGCGCACUCUUUCCCGCUGGAUAGAGCAGAGAGAAGCUCAAGCCCUUGGGAAGCAAGAGAAGCUUCUGCAGAUAUUCCUGGAGAACUUAGAACAUGAAGAUACUUUUGUAUAUUUAUCUGCAAUUCAGGGGGUUGCUCUUCUCUCCGAUGUGUACCCUGAGAAAAUUUUGGUUGACCUGUUGGACAAAUAUGACACUGGCAAAGACAAGCAUACACCUGAGACCCGAAUGAAAGUUGGGGAAGUCCUGAUGCGAAUUGUCAGAGCACUGGGGGACAUGGUCUCAAAGUACCGAGAACCUUUGAUCCAUACGUUCCUCAGGGGAGUGAGAGAUCCAGAUGGUGCACACAGGGCCAGCAGCUUGGCCAACCUGGGAGAGCUGUGCCAGCGCCUGGACUUCAUGCUUGGCCCGGUGGUUCACGAGGUGACAGCUUGCCUGAUAGCUGUGGCGAAAACAGACCGUGAAGUUCAAGUGCGCAGAGCUGCCAUCCAUGUGAUUGUGUUGCUGCUUCGGGGACUCAGCCAGAAAUCUACCGAGGUGCUGAGAGACGUCCUCAAAGAUCUCUACCACCUGCUGAAGCACGUGGUGCGUUUGGAACCCGACGACGUGGCCAAGCUCCAUGCCCAGCUGGCCCUGGAGGAGCUGGAUGAGAUCAUGAGAAACUUCCUGUUCCCACCACAGAAGCUGGAGAAGAAGAUCGUGGUCCUGCCAUAGACCUGCUUCAGAAGACAUGUCGGGAAGCAAGGAGGGACCAAGCAGUUAGAGCAGUGUCCACACCUCCCAACAGUGGCUCUGCAGCCUCUUUGGUGCUAGCAAUACAACAGACCUGGGAGUGACUUUAUGCCACUGGUCACUUGGGUCUUCAGGGUGACCCUCCUUAAGGAUCCAUUGAGCCACCCUGCACCUAGCUCAAAGCUAAAAGGGGGGAAAAAAAAAAGUGAUCGAGUUUCUGAUUGGUGCAUUUUUCACUGUUCUGUGGCAUUUGGAGAAGGAUGUCACCUGGUGGAAGGAUAUGCUUACAUGACUGAUGGAACUUGAGUAUCUGAUUGCUCUUGUAACUUGAGGAGCUGCCCCCGUGGGUCACAUGUCUUGAUGUUUCUCAUGGUGAGAUUACCCAUGCUAAUGAGGAGUGGGCACCUAGACAUCUGGUCUGUGACAUGCAGCAAGGGCGAGGGAAGGAAGGGCUUACCGAAACAUGCAAAAUGGGACAAAAUUAGCUCAGUUGGAAGGAACAGGCAGAUCUGAAUCUGGUCAGCGGGUAUUGGGAUGAAAAGCUGUGGCACGGAGGGGGCUUUCGGGUAAGCCCUGUGUAUCCUUUGGGGCCAUUUUCUUUGGCUCCGCUUGCUUGGAGCUGCCUUGAUUAUCAGGAGAAAGAGCCGUGGCACCUCAGACUCUGUCCUGCGUUCACUCCUCUGCAGUUUUAAAAGGAUGAAUGAAUGCUGACACAAUGGAGUGCUACUCAAGGCAGGCGGAAAGUGUGUUCCACACAAGUGGCCUGAUGCCAGCCUAUUAAAACAAUUUCAGAUACA